AUGGCGACUUACAAAAAUCAAGUACUGCCGGAGGGUACCGCGGGAUGCGGAGAAUCCCUCGCUGUGACAGGUGAUGGCGCUGAGUCAUCGCGUCAACACCUGUCACAGGCUCCACACACUCGGCAGAGUGGAGUAACCGCCGAAAGCCAUAGCUCAGGGGCGAAUAAACAGAGCCAAAUAACAGAUAGGAUGAAGGUAGGAGAGAUGGAAGGGUCAGUGGUGACCGGACAAAAGGGAGAAGAAGAAGAAGUGGGAAAAGGAGGGAAAGAUCUCAAAUUGCCUUUCUACGAAAAUACAAAGCCAGUAGGAAAGACUAGGAGUAGAGAAGGGAGUCAGAAUAGCAUAGAACUAGGGAGAGGAAAGGCUCAAACGAGACCAAUAGUCAGGAGUAACAAAGCGGCAGAUUCAAGGAGAAAGAAAUCCAUGGAAGAGAAGGAGAAGGGAAAAGAAAAGGAAAAAACGGAAGGAGUAGUCACGAGGAGUGUCUCGAAGAGAUACAUAUCGGGGACACAGAAAACUCCCAAAGAAAGUGGGAAUACAACAGAGGGGGAACGAAGUGGGGUAGUACAGGGAGGCCAGAGAGAGGAAUCCCUGGAAGCACAAACACUUGAAAAGGAAAGAGAGGAAGGAAAAAGAGAUAGGGAGGGAAUUCCCAGAGGACAACCCACAUCCAACGGACACUUCACAGGGCUCGAUCAUUGUAAGAAAUCGAUCGGGAAAAGGAGACAGAAAUUGGAAGACGGAGUCCCGGAAGAAGGGGGAGAAACGACGGAUAUGGACACAGCGGAAAUGUCUGAGGAAGAGAUAGGGGUUGGAAGCAAGAUCAUAGAAGAGGGAAUAAGGGGGGAAAAAAGAAAAAGAGCAGAAGCAGGAAUAGGGGAUACAGAAGUGACAGGGAUAAGGGAGAGAGAAAGGAUAGACCUGGACACAAUAUCACCUCCACCAAAGAAAGUAGGAGAGAUAGAGGAUAGACCGGAAAGUAGGGAAAGAUCGGAAAGAUCAGAAAUACAAACGGCAGAGAUCAGUAGUGAGGAAGAAGCUGGGAAGGGAUAUUCACAUAUUUUAUUAAAUUAA